AUGGGUCGACUUGUUCACGACGAAAAUGGAGUCGGUCGAUUUGCAGGCUCCACUACCGGUGUUCAUUUUGUUCUCAGUGUGGAGAAAGAAUGUCAAAAGACAUUAAAUCUUCCUUGCGGAUUCCCAGAGAGUUGUUAUCGGCUCUUUUUGAUUCCACCAUCUCCGACGAUACCCAAAGUCGUCGCAGAAAACUCAUCAGAAUAUCAAAAUUGGAUAUCUGAAUGUCUCCAUUAUCCAUUGGCCUAUUACCAUGAGCAAACUGACCUAUUCAUGAAGAACUGGCAAGACUUUUGUCCUGUUCUCAUUCGGUCUGAAGUUUUGGCAGAUAUUGAUCAUAUGAUAGGACUACUCGCCGAUCUCGGCUGUUCUCAGAAACCUAAUCCAGCCACAGCACUGACGGUCUUGAUGAUUCAUUCUAUCAACGACUUGCAAAACAACCAAAUGGAACCGGAGUAUCCCUUGAGUCCCGUUCGGCAACGGCAUCUAUUCCUGGCUAGUGGUCUGAUCGACGAAGUAGCCGCAAAAGGGGACAUGAGAAGCUUACAAGCCUUGGUGCUCUUCGGCUUUUACAGUCAGUUGAGCGGUGACUGCCUUGCGAUGAUAAGGAUUAAUGGAUUGAUGGUUAGCAUUUCCCAGUCACUGGGUCUCCAUCGCCAUGCUAGACGCUUCAAAAUGAAAACCGGCGAAAUUGAGCUUCGGAAGCGAGUUUGGUGGUAUGUCUACGUUUUCGACAGCAUGACAUCUCUACUCCACGGGCUCCCGGCCUUGAUAAACGACGUGGAUGUGGAUAACGACUUGCCUUCGGACUGCUAUCUUCUUGGGUUGGAUUCUGCAGAUAUCUCCCACCCUCUGCCCGGGGAAACUACUGCAGUCUUUGUCUUCAUUCAAUAUGUGCGCAUUGGCAAAAUAUUCUCACGGAUUCGUGAAAUGCUUUAUACGACUACCAGACGUCGGAAUGGUGCGGCCAAGAUCAAGGAGUUGGAUCUCGACUUGCAGAUGUGGAGUCAAAGUCUCAAAGCACAUGGCAUCCAAUUUGAAAUUGGCACUUUAAAUGAAGCUGCUGGGAAAGGAAUCGAAAGAACGAAGUUAUGGCUUCAAUUGCUAGCAAAUAUCGCGAUGGUCUUUAUACACCGACCAGGGCUAUCCUUUGACGAUAGCACGCCGGAGUUUGCAAAUUGUCUUCAAGCAUGCGUGGCAUCUAGUAGCGCUGGCUUGGCCUUUACUCGAAAAUACGCAUGUUCCACGAUGGCUACAGAACUUGAGCAUGAUGGGCCCCGGAGUAGUCUUCCAGUCGGCUUUGAUGCAUGUUCAUUACCAAUGCCAAUCAUCCACAGUCAAUAUCGAAGCAGGCCCGUCCUUGGAAACUAG